GGAGGUACUAGUAACAUAUUUUCAUAACUGCGACGGUUGCACUGAAGAACUCGCUCGGUGACAGCGUCUCGUCUUUAAGCCAUCGCCUCUGCGUCAGGCCGUCGCUGACCGCCCCCGCCCGCGACCGCUGAGGCGCUGACGCCUACCUGCAAUGGCGAAGCCCUCGCGCCAGAACCUGACCCAUGCCUCCGUCACAUCCCUGCGCCGCUUCGGCGGACAGUCGUCGCUGCCGCCUUCGGGCGCGUCGCCGGCGUUACGGCUCGCGGCGGCGGCGCUCCUCCUCGCGGCCGCAGUGGCGCUGCCCUGCGCCGUGCUAUACCGCGCCACCGUGGAGACUAUGGAGCCCAUCCACGUCCCGCGUGUGCACAGGCCCUUAUUGCCUGCGCCGCCGCUUCCUCCGGUUCAGGUCCCCGAGGAUGACAGCGACUUCGAUCCCUUCCCCACAGGCGAUCUGGACAGCGAAGAUCUCAAACUAGAACUGGUUCUGCAGGAGGCUUCCAUGGACAAUAAGACCAUAAUAUUGACGACCCUCAACGCUGCAUGGGCUUCACCGGGCUCAGUUAUAGAUCUUUUCAUUGAUAGUUUUCGGCGUGGUGUUGGUACUAGUUCACUCUUGAGGCAUCUUGUGAUAGUAGCAUUUGAUUUUAAGGCAUAUGAACACUGUGUCAAGAUCCAUCCCUACUGUUAUGCUCUUCCAACCAAGGAUGUUGAUUUUUCUGAAGAGAAGAGGUUUCAGACAACUGGGUAUCUGGAAAUGAUGUGGAAAAGGCUUGAUUUCUUGCGGCUAGUGCUUGAAAAAGGUUACAGCUUUGUUUUCUCGGAUGCUGAUAUCGUGUGGUUCCGCAAUCCAUUUCCCCACUUCUAUACUGAUGGAGACUUUCAGAUUGCAUGUGAUCACUACGUAGGGAAUGCAACUGACUUGAGGAACAUAGCCAAUGGAGGGUUCAACUAUGUGAAGUCAAACGACCAAAGCAUAGAGUUCUACAAGUUUUGGUAUUCUUCCCGAUUUAGAUAUCCUGGGUACCAUGAUCAGGAUGUAUUUAAUUUUAUAAAGCAUGAUCGUUACACUACGGACAUUGGUCUGACAAUUAAGUUCUUAAGUACUACCUACUUCGGCGGCAUAUGUGAGCCAAGCAGAGAUUUAAACAAAGUUUGCACCAUGCAUGCAAACUGUUGUAUUGGACUGCAGAGCAAAAUUCAUGACCUAAGAAUCAUGAUGGAAGACUGGAGUAACUAUAUGUCGAUGCCACCGAGCUUAAAACAAUUCAGGGCACUGUCGUGGAGAGUACCACAAAAUUGCAGUCUUUCGUUACUAAGCCUGUGAGGAUUGUGAAGUGGCUCAUCAGGACAAGCAAUUCAAUACUGUAAAACAUGUAAACUUUCGAACAUAUGCUUUUGGAAGAAACAUUUCAAAGGAACAGACAUCAAGUAUUAACUCUGCCAAUUCGAUGGCAUUAGCUAAUGGUGCCAAUUACGUGCCAUUACCUACCUGGAUCAGCAGGGGCCACUCACGCAUUGUUGAGAAGGAUUUCAAGGUUUCAGACUGGAGGGGAUCAAGGGUGUUAGGGAGGAACCAUCUCUGAGGAUUUUGUCUGCACAGCUAGGAAGGAUGAACUGCAGUGACGAGGAUGAGAAUAGGUGUGUCACAAGAGGCAAGAAUCAGACCACCAGGAGUGGAUGCACAGUGAAGUCAUCCCAGGCAAAAAGGCCCACCCGGAACUUCAAUAUCAAAGUUGACCACACAAUCGGUUGGUUCGGUAAAUCUGUAGAACACACUUGAUAGAAAAUUCGUUUGGGUCCACAUCACCUAAGCGCACACUUUAAACACACAGCAAAGGACCAACCACUCCUAGCUAGUAAUGUCAUCGGCACCCAGUGUGUGCUAGUUUUACAUAGUGUGAAUAACUGAAUGUUUCCAGGCAUGAUGAGGAAGACCCACCUCAGGAAUCUUGCAGUAGUCCCGUGCACUGAGCUGUAGCGACAUGACGUUGUCACGCAGAAUGGAGCAAGCGAGUGCAGAGUGGCCACUUGACGUCGUCACGCAGAAGACUGUUGCAGUCCUCUGGAGCCAUUUUCCAGGCGAGCAGAGCAGUGGUUUUCUCGUACUGAUUGUCUGAGAAAGAAGUGGAUACGCCAAAAGCGCAGUUGCUCAACUUACUCGAAUUACUGAAGUGGGCUAACUAAUCGACGUCGGCUAUAGAAAGAGAGGGGAGGGGGGGAGGGGAAAGAAAGGCUAAUCGACUUCCCCAGUCAGGCUUUGUUUAGCGGAUCCUGUGGGUUGGAGCCUGAAUUGCUAUCACCUUUGUUUUCAGCGCAGGCUGCCCUGCCCCGCCCGUCCCAUCGCGGAGAUCUCUGUGGAUAUAUACGAUACGAUGAUGUCGUCCGUGCCAUGAUUCACCUUGGCAAUCGCACGGUGCGGCGGUCGUGAUCCAGGAGAAAAAAGGCAAAGGCGUUGUUUUAAAGACAAGAGACACGAGGCACUGGUACUAACGAUAGGGUUCCGAUUGGAUUUCCGGAGGUAAUGGAAUGGCUGUGCCGCUUGUGCGCCUCACACUCGCCCCACCUUUGUUAAAGACAGAAGAAGACGGUUGGGCGCUCACCUCUCUCUCUCUCUCUCUCUCUCUCUCUCUCUCUCUUAAAGAUCGAAGAGCCUGAAGUGAGCGUCCUGGCUGGUCCUUGCGGUCUUGGCUUGCCACUCCUUUUCAUUAUU